AUGCUGGCGCCAUCAGCCCUUGCCUCACAGCUAGGCUUCACCACUACUGCGGGCCGUGCCUGGACUACAAACUUAGCAGAUACCACCCCGGAGGGUGUUUUGGCCGCCGCAGUAGCUGCCAUCCCUAUUGUAUUGUUCUUCUUCUUGGACCAGAACAUAUCCAGCAUCAUGUGCCAAAAGGCAGGCAUGCACAUCCAGAAGGGCGCUUACUACCACUCCUCCUUCGCGUGCAUGGCUCUAUUCAACUUUUUGGGGCCUAUUUGGGGCUUGCCUUUUGUGACCGGCUCUCUUCCCCAUUCUCCGCAAUUUGUCCAUGCAAUGACUGUUACUGAUGCGAAGCACAAGCCAGUGGGAGUUGUGGAGAACCGCAUCGCCCCGUUCGUUGGCUAUGGCUUAAUGAUGCUUGCUUUAGUAUUUCCCAAGCUCAUCAGCCUGCUGCCGGAAACGGCCGUGUACGGGGCCCUCACCUACGUAGGCUUGAAAGCAGCUAUGGGAACACAGCUUUGGGAGCGCUUUCUCCUCUUCUUUACUGACCCGCAGUACCAUCCUGCUGAUAAGGGAUGGAGCCAUUUGCCCCGUAGAACUGUGCAUUUCUUCACGGCAAUACAGCUUCUACUCGUCGUGGGCUGCUGGCUUUGCAAUAUCUACAUUGGCCUUGGUUUUCCACUUUUCGUUGUGACUCUCAUCCCAAUUCGGUUCAAAGUCUUGCCCUGCCUCUUCUCAAACAAGGACAUCGAGUCGCUGUUGUCAGAGGACAAGCCAGCAGAGCCACAGAGCGCCGAUGACCUGCAAAACGCUGACCCAGAGAAAGUUAGCCCGCCUGUUCCAGACGAGGAGCACGUCCCAGCGGUCUUCCAGUUUGGCCGUGGCUUCCAUGCACCACCAGAAGUGCAUCGGGAAGCGGCGAGGUAUGCACUCGAUUCUGAGCUUUUCAACGAGGCCAAGUUCAAGAUGAUAGUUGAUGGCUAUUCAUCGCCGCUGUCUGCAGGCAACUUUGUCGACCUCGUGCAGCGAAGUUUCUACAAUGGGAUGUCCAUCCAGCGAGCUGAUGGUUUCAUCAUUCAGACCGGCGAUCCGGGCCCAGCCAGCGGCAACGGGUUUCAGCCCACACCUGGAGGUCCAGUGAGGACCAUUCCAUUGGAAGUUGGCCUGCGAGGGCGCUCAGAGACUUUGUACGGUGAGACCAUCGAUGAAGCGCGUUUGGUGGGAAAGGAGGUCAAGAUCCCGUUCCAGGCGGAUGGAACCGUCGCUCUAGCUCGGAGAGAGUUUGACAACGACUCC